AUGUCUGUCUAUGAACUGAUGGCGUUCAUCUCCAUCCUUCUCUGGAGGGGGGUGAUCAGAAUCCCGUCGCUGGCUGAUGCAUGGUCGGCAACAUUGGGGAUCUCACACGUCAAGAGCACGAUGGCCCGAAACCGCUUCCAGGACAUCAUGAGACACCUACGCUUUGAUGACAAGGACACACGCACUCAAUGUGUAGCAACGGACAAGUUCGCAGCAGUCUCAAAUGUUUGGCAGAUGUUUGUUACUAACUGCAUCAAGUCUUACAACCCGGGCCAGCACAUCACUGUCGAUGAGCAACUUUUUCCAACUAAGUCUCGCUGUCCUUUCCAGCAGUACAUUGCCUCAAAACCCGACAAGUUUGGAAUCAAGUUCUGGGUUGCAUGUGACUUGAAGUCAAAAUACAUGUGCAACGCUAUCCCUUAUCUUGGCAAGGACCUCAGUCGUCCCUCUGGGGAGAGACUAUCCGAGAAUGUGGUCAUGAAGCUGAUGGAGCCUUUCAUGGACAAGGGAAGAACUGUUACCACUGACAAUUACUUCACUUCAUUGUCACUUGCUGGACGACUGCUCAGCCGGAAAACUACCCUUGUUGGCACCAUAAACAAGAUUCGUCGCGAGCUUCCACAAUCAGCCAAACAAUCUUCGGACCGCAACGAAUUCACCACACAGGUGUUUUCAACAACUGGCACUACACUCACAGUUUAUGCGCCCAAGCACAACAUAGUUGAGAUUGGGGAUAAAUGAAAGAGGAAGCCAAACACAGUCACUGAC